AUGUAUAACUCAACAAAUAAUGAAUCGAUUAGUACUACAGAAUCUGGUGUAAGUAAUUUAAAUAAUUUUUAUAAUGCAAAAAGAAAAAAUAAAUGUGAUCAAACUUUAAAAGGCAAUAGUAACACAAGGAAAUUUUUGAAACGAAAAAACAUUAAGCUAAGAAAUAUUAUUAAAAAUUCUGUAGAUUUAAAAAAAGAAUUACAAUCUAAAGAUACACAAAUCACUGUCUUGGAUAGCCCCAUUUUUGAUGCAACAAAUUUUCAGCUUUUUAAAGAUAAGCAUAAUGAAACUCUUGAAAAUCCGGUUCGUAAAAAGCUUAAAUUAGGCAAUAAUAGUAAGUGCAUAACUUCUGAGAAUGCAAGACAUCAAGUAACUUUUAAAUAA